AUGGACGUUGAGCAGGAUCUGAGAGGUAUAGAAAUGUUGCCGGCAGAUGAUAUUCCACGUGAUUUCUCUGAACAACAACCACCUUCCGAUCCUUAUGUUAAACUAAAGAUGGAUCCCUCUUUUUUCAAAAUAUGUUUGCCCAGCACCACAAGUGAGACUGGAAAGCCCCCCGUAAUGGUCGAUUUGUGCCUCCCUUCGUAUAAGUCGAAAUCUGGAAUGAACUAUACCAAUCCCUUUUACGAUGACCCCCAAUUUAAAGAAACGGUUCUUCUUGUACAAGAAAAACUGACGAGACAUUCGAAAGACACAAUUGUUCUCACUGGUGUUUCUGGUGGCGGGAAAACAUCAACACAACAGCAUUUGGAGUUGCUAUGCAACGUUGGUCAAUAUACAUUGAUUGUACUCCUGCGGGGCAAUACGGUGACCACGCGGGGGCAGAACUUUCGGAUAUCAGAAUGA